AUGGCAUUUUCGCAGGGUAUGGGCGAAUCAAACAUGGUCAACUACCAUGUUUCGAUGUGGACGAACCUUGCCCGGCGGCCGUCGUCGCUACCAUGCAUCCUCACCGUGCUGGUCCUUCCAUCCUCGGCGCGCUGUCAGGGCCGUAAACCAGGGCUAGCUGCAUCGCCGGCGCCAGCGCCGGCCGGGCCGGCGCCGGCGAUGGAGUGCAGCGACUGCGACUCCUACUGCGACUCGCCGUGCAAAGCCGAGGCUGCCGCGAAAUGCAGCGAAUACUGCCGCCCUUCCAGCUGCGAUGACUGCAAGUCCACUAAUUCGACCUGGGUUUGCACGGGCAUUUGCUCCGGAUAUGCGUGCCGGGGCUGCCUGGAUGGAACUGCCAGCGGCUGCUCGCACUCCUGCAACGAGAAGUGCGCCGCCACCUGCCAAAGCCCGAAACCAGUGCCAACUCCAGCGCCGGCGCCCGCGCCCGCGAUACCGUCUUCUUUCGUCGGACCUGCGCCGGCGAUGAAAUGCAGCGACUGUGGCUCGUACUGCGACUCCACAUGCAAGGUCGACGCUGCCAAGGCGUGCAGAGAGUUCUGCGGCGCUUCCACCUGCAAUGACUGCAAGUCCAAAGCGAUAGGCAACUGCGACGACCUUUGCUCUGGAUACGUAUGUGAGGACUGCAGCGAGAAGACUCGUGGGUUCUGCGGGGGCUACUGCAGCAAAAGCUGCGCCUUCACCUGCCUAUGA